GCCAGCGCCAGGCCACAACCCCCCUGUGGGCUUGGGCUGGACCCGGCGCCCUCCUCGCCGCGGGAUGAGCUUCUUGGGAUGUUGUAAUGGUUGGAAUUGUUCCAGACAUGGUUGCUGUGGUGCUAUCCUGGGAGACCAUUUUGAUGGAUGACUAGUACCAUUCAGUGAUGGGCUGUGGGACUAGCAAAGUACUUCCCGAGCCUCCCAAGGAUGUUCAUUUGGAUCUCGUCAAAAAGGUUGAGCCAUACACUGGUUAUAAAACUGACAUAUAUAAGCAUUUCAUCAGAGGUGAUGGAGAUGCCGUCAAAUCUGCUAUUCCUUCUCCUCCAUGUCACACCAAUCCAUAUGUGGAACAGCCAGAGCCCCGCAAGAACAGAGUGGCAAAGUACCGGGCCAAGUUUGAUCCCAGAGUGACAGCCAAGUAUGAUAUCAAAGCUCUGAUUGGCCGAGGGAGCUUUAGUCGUGUGGUACGAGUGGAGCACAAAGCUACCAAGCAACCUUAUGCAAUCAAGUUGAUAGAGACUAAAUACCGCGAGGGGAGAGAAGUGUGUGAAUCUGAGCUGUGUGUGCUACGCCGAGUACGGCAUACCAACAUCAUCCAACUCAUUGAAGUUUUUGAGACUCAGGAGCGCAUCUACAUGGUGAUGGAGCUGGCCACAGGAGGCGAACUGUUUGACCGUAUUAUCACUAAAGGGUCUUUCACAGAAAGAGAUGCUACCCGAGUGCUACAGAUGGUAUUGGAUGGGGUUAAAUACUUGCAUACAUUGGGCAUAACUCAUAGAGACUUGAAGCCAGAGAACUUGCUCUAUUAUCACCCAGGUAUGGAUUCUAAAAUAAUGAUCACAGAUUUUGGGCUGGCGAGUGCUCGGAAGAAAGGAGAUGACUGCUUAAUGAAGACUACCUGUGGGACACCAGAGUAUAUUGCCCCAGAGAUCUUGGUCAGAAAGCCUUACACUAACUCUGUAGACAUGUGGGCACUUGGGGUGAUCUCGUAUAUCCUACUAAGUGGGACUAUGCCUUUUGAGGAUGAUAACCGCACCCGCUUGUAUCGGCAAAUUCUGAAAGGAAAAUACAGUUACUCGGGGGAGCCCUGGCCCAGUGUGUCCAAUCUUGCUAAAGAUUUCAUUGACCGUCUGCUCACUGUGGAUCCUAGCGACCGGAUGACAGCACUUCAAGCCUUAAAGCAUCCCUGGGUGGUGAGCAUGGCUGCCUCUUCUUCCAUGAAGAACCUGCACCGUUCCAUCUCUCAGAACCUCCUCAAGAGGGCAUCGUCUCGUUGCCAAAGCACCAAAUCAGCUCAGUCUACCCGUUCCAGCCGGUCCACCAAAUCCAACAAGUCCCGACGCGUGCGGGAGAGGGAACUACGAGAGUUGAACUUGCGCUAUCAGCAACAGUACAAUGGCUGACAACCGAAGAAGAGGCUGCCUACUUCACUUUUUUCUUUUUGACACUGGGGCAUGUUCUGCAGGGUGUCUGCUAAGUGUUCCAGCUGCCUUAUUUCUCCUCUGAUAGUUCAGCCUUUGUGUCUGCCUUUCUGUCUUGAAAGAAAUGGAUAUUUUGGGACACUGAUGCCUUUAGGAGAAUGCCGUGCCUGGGCAGAGUCAGUACAGUAUCUCUGCCAUGAUGGGAAAUUAGGAAAGUCUGUUUUUGACCCACCCUGGGCCAAGUCCUGAGCUGAUGGCUUGAAAUACUGGAAACACAUGGAAGGGGGAGUCCUUACCCAGUUUAAAAUCCCUGCUACUCCUACUUAUUUAUGACAAAAGUUGAUUGUUGUUGGCUGAGAGAUUUAGAAUGCAAUCCUGUGCCCACUUACCUGGGAAUAAGCUUGAUAAAAUUAGUGGGUCUGACUUUGGUGUACAGGAGUACACACUAGGCUCGCUUGCUUAAGAUCCAGAAUCACCUGGAGGUGCUCAAGGCAUUUCCACUAGUGCACAAAGGGAUGGCAAAUUUUCUUUACCAGUGCAACCUCUUGUACUGUACUAAACAUUUUCCUAGAGAUUCUAGUAACAUUUAAAGGGUGGGGUGGGGGGCAAGCUUUCUAGAUCUUGGUCAACAUUUAGCUGGAUGGCUUGGGAUAAGCUUUGUUCUUCCUCCUUGCCUCCUGUCUAUUUUGUAGCAUUGCUUUGAUCUCUCCAUUUUGUUUUUUCAUUUAAUGUUGGGAUGAAUUGUUAUAAUCCAGUUACAUUCCAAGUCAGCCAAAGUUGCAGGAUGUGGGUUAGUAUUCCACAUUGCCAGAGACUGCAAGAACCUUAACAACUUCCUUUUGUUUUCCAACAUCAUAUGCAUACUAGUAGUUGUCCUAUUACAAUGACAGAAUGAGCAGUAGAAGUCUCUCAUCAAAUGUUAUGGUUGAAGCUUGACAUAACAACUGUUACGUUAGCCUGUAGAAUGUGCAGAGAGUACAGCUUAGAAUCAUUAACUUACAUAGUUUAAUGAGAUCCAAAAAUAAUCUACACUGCACAUACCCCCAUGGAUUAACACUUUAAAAAAAAAAUUGUGUGGCUGCAAGCAAAGAGAGCAAAAGAGGUAUUCCUGCCAUAGCCAUGUUUUAAGUCAGAUGAAGCAAUCCAAAUGAUUAUAAGAAGAAGACUUGCACGUUACCAGGAUAAAUGUCCGAAGUCAUUAACCAGCUUGAAGGAGAGUUGAAUUCUCCUAUCCUUGGUUAGGCCUGCUAUAAUUAUACAGCCAAAUGAAGUGUUGGAAUUUUGAGUAUAGCAUUAAUCAUUUAAUUUCAAACAGCGUGUAGAGUCAAGUUUUAAUGGUUCCAUAUGAAAAAUGCAUCUCCCUGCACAAACAAAGCUAGCACAUCAGGGAGCAGACUCGGAGAGAACCUUCUGAGGUACUAGAUUUUUAUUAGCAAAGGAAUAUUUGCAGGAAGCGGGGGUGGAUUCAAAACAGCACCUCCUGCCUGCAUUGUGAAUUGGAACAAUGAAUUCUGCUACCUCAUUCUGUAGCAUAGGAAGACUGCCAUGUGAAGCAAGGCUGGUCAAAAGACCACCUGGAGUUUCAGAGCAGUUUAUUCUAACUUUGAAAAUAACCAUCCAUGCUUUUAAUUCUCUACGUCAGUCCAAGUAGUAUUUGGUAGACCUAGUCCUCAACAGAUCUCCCUCUGUCCUUUUCCAGGUUGGAAUUGUGGCCCAGACCACUAAAUGUGCCUUUUAACAGAAACCAACUACUUGCAUCCUCUGGCACAUCCCUUUUUGCAAUAUGACCUUCUCUAUACUAAUAAAUAUGUCUUUAAAGUUAAUUAGCCAGCAGUUUAAAGUUUAGCAUUUCAUCAGUCUUGAUAUUCAGACGGUUUUAUCAUGUUGAGCAGUUAAGGGUCUUCAAAUUUUAUGAGCAUAAAAAAAAGUUCUUACUCCAGUGAGUGAUGAUUCUAGAGGUGUCUCUGCAGGUUAACUUUUACAUGCACUUGCAUAUGCGUUACUCCACUAUUGAUUCAUCUCUAUUCCUGCUCUAGACACACCUUGUGUAGAACUGGUUUCUCAGACCAGGGUGCCAUCUAGUGGUUCAGGAUACUCUUGCCUGUCAGAUUAAUUAGGGCAAGCUUCCAUUAAUGCUUGACUUCAUAUCCUGUCAUUGUUUUACUGUACCUUAGUUGGCAGUUAAAUCAUAUUUUGCUAGCUAUUGUCUGUUGGGCCACACCAAAUUUCACAUUGGCUUUGGUAGUAUUUAUUUGACUCUUCAGAAGAUACUUAGGUCUGGGGUAGAGAUUUCUUUAACUCUUCUUUGUUCCCUUCCUUCUGGAUAAGAUACCAAUUUGAAGGAGAGAAACCAUUUUUGACCUACUCAUUGCCCAUGGAGAUCAGUAUUAUCUAAGCAUAAAUGUGAGAGACUUCUAUGAAGAAUGGCUAAUUGUAGCAUGCUAGCCCACUAUAAUGAUAAGCAAACCAUUCACAAAUUGAAGUGUUUCUUUUUAAAUGCAUGCCUUAAUUUCUAAGACAAGAAAAAUUAUGUAUGUGUGUCUUGGAUGCGGCAUAACUGUUAAUCCAUGCUUCUUUCUCUCCCAAUUCAUUUUGGUGUUUAGCUGCUGAUUUAUUGUGUGUAUGCAAUAGCAACCAUUCAGUACUCUCUUCUCCAGAUCUUGAGAUUAGUUUGUGCCUUGCACUGCCCCCUUUUCUUACUCUUGGAAAAACUAAACAUUGUAAAUAUACUGGAACUUAGCAAUACUGUGUUAAAAAAAAUACAACCAGUGAACAGCCUCAGUGGUCUGAAAUCCAUCUGUCCAUUGGAGAAAGAAUGCAAAAUUUGGGUUAUGUUCUCGUUUGCUAACAAUGAGACUCUGCAGACGUAAGUGUGGUAUAGAUUAGAAACCACUUCUGCCCAGGUUCUACCAUUAGAAAUACUUUCUUUUUAAGCCUUGUAUUUGAACAUCAGCAGGUCCUUUACGCCAGUCUUUUCCUGCCACUUUCUAAGUGCUCAUUGGAUAAAAGUCACUCUUAUACAAGGUUUGGCAAUAAGAAGUGUCACUGCCAAGUAGGAAGAAUCAUGAGAUAUUUUUCUAGGAGAGUAAUUAAAAGAUGGCAGUCUGGAGCCAGGCAUCUAUAUAUUCCAUAAUGUCAGGAUAUUUAGUUUUUAUCAGGCACUCUGAUUAUUAAGGGUAGGGACUAUUGUACCUUUAAACUGUCAACCCUUUCUUUUAUCCAGGAACUCUUGCACUUUAUCCUAUCCCAAUCAUUUUAUAAUAUUUCUUAUGAGCCUAUGAGCCACAUGUUUUAACAUUUCCCAACAUUUCAUGUGAACCACAAGUUCCAACAUUUCCACUGAGUCACAAGACAGUGCUUUAACACUUCUGGCUUCUUAAUGACUUUAUUCUGUAGCGGAGGAGAAUUCAAAUGUGGAAAUGUACUGUGACUGCAAUUUACAAGCCAGCAAAAGCUGCACAUGAAUUUGUUGCCUGCAAGACACUCUUGCAGAUUCCAAGACUUCUCACAACGAGGGCCACAGUCUUCCCCUGCAUACUAGUCCAUGGUGCACCAGUGUUGCAGCAUGGAUUUUCCUGCCAGAGGUGGCCAGUUUGGGAACUGUGACUAGUGGAGAGGAUAUGACAAUAGGAGAUCAUUUUCAGCAGACCUCCUGUGUCUGCCAUAAUGCCUAGGUUGGCCUUUAAAUGUUCAUAUCUUGUUCAGUAAAUGACUAGGAUUGUUGUGAGUGGAAGUUUCAGCUUUGAUGGGUAAGUUUGGGGUGAAGAUAGAAUUAAAAAAGACUUGUGUUCUUCUGAGGUUUUGUAAAUAGAGUUCUGCAACCUGGGGAACACCAGGAAAAAGCAUUUGGGAAUGGGAUCAGAAUGGGAUCAGAUGCAUAAUUCCACAUCUGUAAUUUUGCCAAUACUUUUGAAAAGUUGGCUUUUUUCUUAAGAUUGAUAUAGGUGCUCUUCUGCCAGUUCGUGCCUAAUUUAAACCACUCAGUCAUUAUUCUUGGAAAUCUAGGAUUAAAUUACAAACUAGUUCACAGUCCAAAGAACCACUUCACUGGUGAUGCAUACUUAGUAAGUCGAGACUAGUUCCCUUUCUCUCCAUGUUGUGCUACAAACUGCUUUUGAAACUCAGUGUGUCAAAAGACAUUUGAUGUGGCAGAAGGGCCUCCUUUGUUCAAAGGAGAGGGAAAAACCAUUACAAAUCUCAGUGGCCAUUUUCAAACUUCUGGGUGACACUUUGGGCCCCAUCUAACGUCAUGGAAGCAGAAACAAUGCAAAAAAAUGUGAAAUUCACCCUUGGAUAGCUUCCCCUGAGGUAAAGCUCUGUUGCCUGCCACUGCGUUUGCUUUUUCUCAGUUUGGUUCAGCAAACUGGCUUUUUCCAAACCAUCUAUCUUAGGGAGGAGGUCCUGUAGAUUCACUGAAACCAGAGCAGACUGGAGGAUGUGGCAGCUUUCUGAUGGGAGCAGUAGUAGCUGGCCAAGCUAUUAAUCCUGUGUACAAAUGGAGUGUCUGGACAUGCCUCUUAGCAGCUGUAUGGUUUUGGGACUGCUCAGCAGUGAGGGACUAGCCGUUUUAUUGAGAACCAUUAUGGUUUUUGUCACCAAUUAAUGCUUGAUAGGCUUUCAAAGAACCUCAGGGUUGUCUGGAACCCAACAUGGAAACUGUUUUUUAUACAAGCAUGACAGGUUAUUCCUUUCAGACAAGUGGGAGGGAGGUGGUACUUUCCAAGUAAUCUGUACUCCAGCAGCCCCUGGCUGUAACUUAUUCCCUUCCUGCCCAUAUCUGUGUGCUGUGAAUAUGUCACUUUUGGCACUACAGUAUCUUUUGGAAGUCCUCCAAGGUAGGUUUUAAGGAACUUAGUCUGACUUCACAGAUUCUUCUUCCCAGCCCAAUAACAUCCAAUGGUCAAAAAGAAUUGUUCCUAGAACCUGCCUUCCCUCUUUUUCAUAGGUCUGUGGCUCCCCCCACUUUCAAGUAUCCAUAUCUGUGAUUUUUGUCUUUGGUGCCUUUUGAGGUUAUUUUUUUACACUAUGGAAUCUCUACUUUUUUAGAGGGUGAUUUGAUGCAUGACAGUUAACCUGUAAUGUUGAAAUUAGUGUAUGGAAUUAUUUAUUUUGUGUAUUCAGUCUGUUUUUAAAUUUUGUAAAUGUAACCUUUUAUUCAGUAAAAUGUUGAUCCUCA